AUAUGAUGUUGAAGGAGAAUUAAGUAAAAGGAAGUUUACAGUGAUGGAAGGAGACCAUCUAACCUACCUAAACGUUUAUAAUGCGUUUUUGAAAGUAGGUAAAUCGACGGCUAAAUGGUGUCAAAGGUAUAGAUUGAAUUUUAAAGCGUUGAGUAGAGUGAUCAGUAUUCGAAACCAACUUGGGCAAUAUUUAAAAAAGUUUGGAAUUAAGUUGGUGAGCAGUGAAGAUCAGCUCAUGGUUAGGAAAGCUUUGGUGAGUGGGUAUUUUAGGAACUUGGCUAGGUUUAAUUUGGAUGGCAGUUACUCUAGUGUUCGAGAUGGGACUAUCUUACAUGUUCAUCCUUCUUCUGUGAUGUUUAAUCGGAAACCUGAAACUGGUUGGGUUAUCUUUCAUGAAGUCAUGGAAACUAAAAAAAGAUUUAUAAGAGAUUUAACUGUGAUUGAACCGGAUUGGUUAACUGAACUUGCUGGACAUUAUUAUCAGGUUUUGGAUAAGAAGGCUCGGGUUGAUGGUUCGAAAUGAAGAUUUGUUUUGGGGGUUUAAAGAGUUUAAGAUAAGUAUUGAUGUGUACAUAUAUACCUCAAGCUCAAGUUAUAUAUAUAUGGUUUGUAUAUGAUUGGAAUUAGUGUUAAUAUAUAUAUAUAUAUUUAGUUGGGUAUAAGAUUUGAUCUUUUCAAAAAAAUGAGAUGGUAUGGAGAUUUAAUUAAAGAAAUCAAAAAAAAAGAAAUCAAUCAGUUUUGGGUAAAGAAAAAAUGGGAAAUGAAGUUGAAGUUGAAUAUG